AUAGAAGAAUGGAUAAAGACUGAAAAUUAUUCACAUUUCCCUACAAAAAUAUCAGUUCUCUACAGCAAAGCGAAGUGGUGAGCAUCAUCCCACCAACAGUGGAGUCGAGAUUGUUAACAUCCCACUCCACCACCCCCAAACUGUUACCCAAUCCCAAAACCCCAAAAGAAAACCCAUAUUUUUUCAUUCAAUUAUUAACUUCUCUCUCUCCGCUUUCUCUUUUGGUUUGCUUCUUUUAUCUUUCCUUAUUCUUUCUGUAGUCUUCUACUGCCACUUUAGUUCCUCUCUCUCUCACUCUCUCUCUCUCUGUUCUUUCAGCCUUCUCUCUCUUUUUAACCUUUGUUUCUGGCGGAUAAACCGGGGUCUUUGCAGAUCCAGGAAAACCCAACUUCUGUUAUUUGAUCAAUGUGCUUGGAAUAGAAAAUUUUUAAAGGAAAGGAAGCAGGAUUAGAUGGAAGAGGAUGACGAUUUCAGACGUUGGGAUGAAUUGAUUCCAGAUGCCCUUGGGCUGAUUUUCAAGAAUCUUUCACUCCAGGAAAAACUUACUGUUAUCCCAAGGGUCUGCAAAUCAUGGCAUAGAGCGGUUACAGGCCCUUAUUGCUGGCAGGACAUUGACAUCGAACAUUGGAGCCAACAAUGCCGGCCUGAGACCCUUGAUCGCAUGCUUCAAAUGCUGAUAACUAGAAGCUCAGGUUCACUCCGCAAGCUCUGUGUUACUGGUCUCCCUACUGACCGGAGCUUUUCAUUCAUUGCAGAUAAUGCCAAAUCUCUUCAGACUUUACGGCUGCCAAGAAGUGAAAUAAGUGAUUCAGUAGUGGAACAGGUUGCUGGGAGGCUCUCUUCAGUAACUUUCUUGGAUGUUAGUUACUGCAGGAACAUCAGAGCUUCUGCCCUUGAGGCAAUUGGCAAGCACUGUAAGUUACUAAUGGGGUUGAGGAGAACAAUGCACCCAUUAGAGGUAAUUGACAAGCUGUCUCAAGAUGACGAGGCCCUUGCCAUUGCUACCACAAUGCCAAAGCUCAAGCAACUUGAGGUGGCAUACCUGCUUGUUAGCACAGAAGGUGUGCUCAAGAUACUUGAAAACUGCCCUGAGCUUGAAUUAUUGGAUGUGCGAGGAUGUUGGAAUGUGAAGCUAGAUGAAAAUUUUGUCAAGAAAUUCUCACGACUGAAGGUGGUUGGACCUCAUGUUGUGGAUUGUUUUGGGAUGAAGGGCUGGGAUGAUUGUUCAAAUUAUUCAGGUUCAUCUGGUUACUUGGCCUGGGACUUUGUUGCUGGAGAUGUUGGUAUCGAUUACGAUGAUGAGAUAUCAGAUGGGGAUUGGGAAGACGACCAAAGCAUGGAAGAUGUGGAAAUGAGGUUCUACGACACUUUUGAUUUGGAUAAUGCUGCGUUUGAUUGGCCCCUCUCCCCCUGAGGUUUGUCCAUAGCUUUUCGUAAUUGGGUUGACAAGCUCAGUCAAUGUUCACCAUCACUGUUAGACCAAGUGCGGUGAGUACCUCUUUGCUACCACUUUGCUAUGUACAAACAUUUGUGUUUCUAAAGUAGUAUAUAAGCAAGUUAUUUCUGUGAGUGUUUGUAAUAAAACUUGUAAUCUGCAGCAAAAAAAUAUAUUUCCCUAGUAAUUGCGAUAAAUAUCUCAUAGCGUUUCCAUCUUGCUGUAUUGUCCCUACAAUAAUUAUACAAUUCGAAGUGGGAUUGCAAAGAUAGUCCAAACUUCCAUGGAAUAUCAAAGAAAUUGAUCAGAUUGUGACAGAAAGGAGGAUUGCCCUUUUUAUUUUUUUGACUUUUGUCGAUGCUUUACGUCUAUAAUCAACAAAGUCUACCAAAAGGUCAAUUGAGGAUUGGAAUUGUCUGUUAAGCUUUUCCAAUGCUUCAUCAUUAAGCCAAAGCUGUGUCCCCUGGUCCCUAGCGAAAGGAAGAAAGUAAUUCCCCUAUAUGCUCUUUGUAAUCCAUCCUUAAAUAGGGUAAUGAUUUAUCAAAAAUAUCAUUUUGAAGCAUCCGAUUCAAAGGCAGCUGCAAUGCUCAAGAAACAAGCAUAUCUCCGUCUGAAUGAUAAAUUGAUGAUAGUGGAAUUCCAUGUGGACAGAGUUAUCGGAUGAGGUCAAUUCUUUCACUAAUCAGCACAUGUGAAGCAUGGCUGCAGAGCAAGAUCUAAAUAAAUCUUCUCAUUCUUUGAAAAAACGAUGGGAAGACAAACUAAAAGUGAAACAAAACUGUUAGUUAUCAACUAGUAAU